GGGCGCCCCGCGUUCCGUUCCCCGCGGUGCCGCCCCGCCGUUACCGGCUGACGGGAAGGGGGGAGCCAGACCGGUACCGCCGCCGGUACCGCCGCGGGGUGCGGCCCCGGUCGUGGAUUUUGGGGACCCGCAAGAGGCGUUCCGCAGCAAAAGCAGCGCCGAGCUGUUGCGGGGGUUGCUGGUGCUCGGGCUUUGCGCUGUGGGACCGUUGGUGGAGCACAACCGAGAGCUGAUGCAGUUCGGGAAGCGGAUGUUGGGCCAGGCGCUGUUCGAACGGCUGAUGAAGAUGACUUUCUACGGGCAGUUCGUGGCCGGGGAGGAUCAGGAGGCCAUCAAACCGCUCAUCCGGCGGAACCGGGCCUUCGGAGUGGGCGCCGUGUUGGACUACAGCGUGGAGGAGGACCUGAGCCCCGCUCGGGCCGAGCGCCAGGAGCUGGCCUCCUGCACCUCUGCAGCCGAGAAGGAGCCAGGAGGAGCAGAGCAGAGGGAGAAGCAGUUCCGUGCCCAUCGUGGCUUUGGGGAUCGUCGUGAUGGAGUCAUCAGUGCACGCACCUAUUUCUAUGCCGAUGAGGCCAAGUGUGAUCAGCACAUGGAGACCUUCCUGCGCUGCAUCGAUGCAUCAAGUGGUAGUUCAGAGGACGGCUUCUCGGCCAUCAAGCUGACAGCACUGGGUAGACCUCAGUUCCUGCUGCAGUUCUCAGAGGUGCUGGUGAAGUGGCGACGGUUCUUCCACCAAAUGGCUGCAGAGCAGGGCCAGGGCGGGCGGGCAGCGCUGGAGAUGAGGCUGGAGGUGGAGAAGUUGCAGGAAGCCCUGGCCAAGCUCGGCAUCGCAACCAAGGCGGAGAGCCAGCACUGGUUCACAGGCGAGAACGUGGGUGAGAGUGGCACUGUGGAUCUUCUGGACUGGAACAGCCUGAUUGACAGCCGCACCAAGCUCUCCAAGCUGCUGCUCAUCCCCAACAUCAAGACCAGGCAGCUGGAGCCUCUGCUCUCACACUUCACCGAGGAGGAGGAACUGCAGAUGAAACGGAUGCUGCAGCGGAUGGACGUCCUUGCCAAGAGAGCCACGGAGACGGGGGUGAGGCUGAUGGUGGAUGCAGAGCAGAGCUACUUCCAGCCAGCCAUCAGCCGUCUCACCCUGGAGAUGCAGCGCCGCUUCAACAGGGAGCGGGCCGUCAUCUUCAACACCCACCAGUGCUACCUGAAGGAAGCUUACGAUAAUGUGAGUGUGGACGUGGAGCUGUCGCGCCGGGAAGGCUGGCACUUUGGCACCAAGCUGGUCCGUGGAGCCUACAUGGAUCAGGAGAGGGAGAGAGCAGCGAAGAUUGGCUACGAGGAUCCCAUCAACCCCACCUAUGAGAAGACCAAUGAGAUGUAUCACAGGUGCCUGGACUAUGUGCUGGAGGAGAUCAAGCACAGCCGGAAAGCCAACGUCAUGGUGGCAACUCACAAUGAGGACACCGUCAAGUUUACCCUGCGCAGGAUGAUGGAGCUUGGGAUCCAUCCUUCAGAGAAGAAGGUCUGCUUUGGGCAGCUGCUGGGCAUGUGUGACCAGAUCACUUUCCCCCUAGGUCAGGCUGGCUUCCCUGUCUACAAGUACGUCCCCUAUGGCCCAGUGGAUGAGGUGCUGCCCUACCUGUCCCGCCGUGCCCAGGAGAACAGGGGCUUCAUGCAGAGAGCCAACAAGGAGCGGGACCUGCUCUGGAGGGAGUUCAAGCGGCGACUUUUGGCAGGCACCAUCUUCAGCACCAACCCCUGACCCCUGCAGGACCCAACCUGUGCCCAGCAGCGGGGCUCUUGUGCCUUCGUGUUAACCACUAACCCAGCUCCUCUGCCUUGUUGUGUUGCUGUUUUUCCUCCUGAGGCCUUUGCCUGAGGGGGAGAUGUUCUCUCAUUGCUGUAGAACUACAUCCUCCUGCUGGAGGCCACUACUGUAGGGCUGCCUAGCUGCCCCAAGUGAUGUCCCUCUGCUGUUCUUUGGCAGAGCCAAAGCUCUCAGUGCCUUGUGACCAUGCCAGCCCUGGGACACCUAUCAUGGGGAUGGGAUCUGUUCAGCCAUGUCCCUGUGCUGCCCUGUGAGGCCAGGGCAGUUCUGGGGGUCAGGGAACCAGGAGUCCAGGGAGUUGGGCUGCAGCUCAGCUCUGCCAAUCACUGCAUUUGCAGCAAAUUACAACAAUUAAAGCACUGUUGCUCUUGUUCCUCAA